GCCAUGGGGGAGUGGGCGUUCCUGGGCUCGCUGCUGGACGCCGUGCAGCUGCAGUCGCCGCUCGUGGGCCGCCUGUGGCUGGUGGUCAUGCUGAUCUUCCGCAUCCUGGUGCUGGCCACGGUGGGCGGCGCCGUGUUCGAGGACGAGCAGGAGGAGUUCGUGUGCAACACGCUGCAGCCCGGCUGCCGCCAGACCUGCUACGACCGCGCCUUCCCGGUCUCCCACUACCGCUUCUGGCUCUUCCACAUCCUGCUGCUCUCGGCGCCCCCCGUGCUCUUCGUCAUCUACUCGGUGCACCGCGCCGGCAAGCAGGCGGGCGGCGCGGACGAUGGGCCCGGGCCGCCCCCGCGCCGCCGCCGCUGCUACCUGCUGAGCGUGGCGCUGCGCCUGCUGGCCGAGCUGGCCUUCCUGGCGGGCCAGGCGCUGCUCUACGGCUUCCGCGUGGCCCCGCACUUCGCGUGCGCCGGCCCGCCGUGCCCGCACACCGUGGACUGCUUCGUGAGCCGGCCCACCGAGAAGACCGUCUUCGUGCUCUUCUACUUCGCCGUGGGGCUGCUCUCGGCGCUGCUCAGCGUGGCCGAGCUGGGCCACCUGCUCUGGAAGGGCCGCCCGCGCGCCGGGCGCCGUCGCCAGGCGGCAGAGCGCGACGGCCGCCGCCACCGCGCGCGCCCCGCCUACCCGCACCCGGCGCCGGCCAGCGACAGCGAGGGCGGCAGCGGCCACAGCAAGGCGUCCCUGGCCACGGUCCGCCAGGACCUGGCCAUCUAGAGGCGGGCCGCGGGUGCUUCCCGGAGAACUGUCCCCGGGACCCUGCCCUGCAGCGUCCCCAGCAC